GACUGCAGCAUCAACCACGAGGUGAGGCCCAGUGCGACGAUGGCCUCGUCCGACAGCAUGGAGCAGUUCUGCGAGUUCGGCUACAUCAUGGAGACGCCUGGUGGGCCGUGCAACGCGACGUAUGCGUCUUUGAGCCAAGACAACUACGACCUCUUCCGCCUCGCGUGCCUGGUCUACGGCGUCACCAUGCUCGCCUUCUGCCUCGCCAAGCUCCGCGCGAUCAGCCGCGUCGGCGGCAAGUACCAGGUGCUGCGGCGACCUCGCGGUGCGAUGGCGUCCUCGUCGUCGUCCUCAUCGACGUCCGCGACGAACCAGCGCACCGCGGGCUCGGGAAUCCAAAAGGUCACGUACUGGCUGCUCGUGCUGGCGUCGCUCACGUUCGUCGCGCGUGCGAUCGACCCGUGGGGCUACAUGGGCAUCCUCUCGUAUGUGGUCGUGACCAUGAUCUCGGACACGUGCACCGCGUGCAUCUACAGCGUCUUGAUCCUCGCCGUGUCGCUCUGGGCACGCGUCGUCGUCACGCCCAAGAACCUCGCCCACUUCGAGUACCCGAUCCAAGCGUUCCGGAUCCUUGGCUUUAUGUUCACGUGGGUCAUCUUCGUCGGCAUCGUGCCUAUCUCCGUCUACUGCAUCAGCAACGAUGUCUACCACUCGGUGCACACGCUCAUCCAGUUCUCGAUGGCGCCGUUUCUGCUCUGGAUCAUUGCGUCCAUGGGGCUCGUCUUUGGCAUUCAGAUCCACCGGCGCUUGAAGGAGAUUCGAAAGGCCCAGGAGGCGACGCUCGAAGUCGCUCGUCGCCGCGUCGCCGCCCGCCAAGCGCUCCUCGACCUCACCAAGCCGCCUGUCGUCAAGAGUGAGAGCCAAGACGACACGACGAGUACGCUGCCCAUGGACUUGGACACGAAGGAAGGCAUCGACGCCGCGUCCAAGCUCCCGGCCAAGUCGUCACGCAUUCUCAAGAUGCUCUGCUUCCUCCAAGCAGUCUCGAUUGUCGUGAUUGGACUCCAGGUAUGUAGCAGUAUUCAUUUCAUCGUCGAGGAGCGAUCGUGGCGGUAG